GAAUCCAACUGUGGCUGGGCUGUGGGGUCCGCCCGUGGGGCGGCCACAGAAUCCAACUGCGGAGGGGCCACAGAAUCCAACUGUGGCUGGGCCAUGGGCCCUGGCGAAGUGUGGCCCCCAGACUCCACUUGGGUGUGUGGCUCGGCCGGCGUGGAGCUGCCGGGCCGUUCUUCACAGAGAGCCACCGCGAAGGAGGAGAGCAUGGCACGCAGCAGGGCGCGCAGGUCGGCACUGGCCAGGAGGCAGAGGAAAGGACUGAAGCAGCUGUUGAGCAGGGUCAGGUAGUCGGAGUAGACCAGGGCCUCCCAGAGCAGGUAGCCGGGGUAGAUGUCCCACAGGAAGGCCAGGUACAGCAGCUGCGCCAGGUGGUAAGGCAGCCGCAAGACCACGUAGGCGGACAGGAUGGUCUGGGCCACGCGGGCAAAGCCACGGGAGGCCACGGGCCUUGGCCGGCCGCAGCACGUCUUGCAGGCGGUAGUGGCCUGGGUGAGCACGUGGCAGACGAGCAGCAGGAGGAAAGGCAGGAAGCCCCCCAGGAUCUCGAGCAUCCGCAGGGGCAGCUCCUCGCUGUCCCAGAAGUCCAGGCAGAUGACCAGGUCGUACCACCCGUCGGCGGCCUCCGGGAAGACCAGCCAGGGCACACUGAAGAGCGUGGCCAGCACCCAGACGCCGGCGCAGACCCAGAGGGGCAGGCGGGCCGGGCGGUGCCCCGGGUACCAGCGCGGGCACAGCGCCAGCAGGCAGCGGUCCACGCUGAGCGCCGCCAGCAGGAAGAGGCCGGAGGAGUAGGACACACCCCACAGGAAGUAGUAGAAGCGGCAGGCCGCCGUCCCCAGCGGCCAGUGUCCUCCCCGCUGGAUCUCCAGGAUCUGGAAGGCCGCCGCCGCCAGGAACAGAAAAUCCGAGACGGCCAGGCUGAGCAGGAGCAGGGCAAGCCGCCUGCCCGCUCCCUGCCGGGCCUGCGAGCCAGCCAGCCAUGCCAUGAGCCCAUUGGCCGGCAGCCCCAGGAGCAGCAGGGCCACCAGGAAGACCGUGUCCCAGACACCCUGGGGAUAGUAGUCUUCAUCGUCUGGCUCUGUGCGGGGCCCGAGGCCGGCGGCACCAGGGUCGGCUUCCAUCGCAGUGUCCGUCCGAGGUCCCCUGUGUGCUGUCCACAGAGUGGGGGCCUGAUGGAUCAAUGGAAUCAUGAGGGACUGAGUAUGAGAGAGAGGGUGCUGUGUAUCUCCAGGCACGUCACUGUCCUUCUCUGAGCCGUCGUCAUCGCCUUUUGGGUGGUUAGCCUCAGCCGGGGCCUUUAAGUAGACGACGCCACCUAGUCUUCAGACAAUCCAUUUUAUAGGAGAGGGAAGGAAGGUUCAGAGAAUCGGUGACUCGCCCAAGGUCAGAGGUAGGACAGAGGCUCCAGGCCUGAAACUCACACCUACCCAUUCUGCCACUCGGAGUCCCAGUGCACCCGAUAGAGUUGGCUUUCGAACAUGUUUUUAAAGCUGUGAAUGUUUUCUUCAAAUAAAAUAGCACAACAGAACUCCCACAUGAACGAGAAGGGAGUGCUCAGAUUAAAGGAGGGGGAGCACCCCUGGGGCUCCAGGGAGGACAGUUUGUGCAAACUGCUUGGUCAGAUCGCCGCAGGCCCCAUCCCAUCUGGUAUCCUGGGAUUCAAGUGCUUUAAGAUCCCCAGACGGGGGAGGCCCAGGGCCCCAUGGGCCCGUAAGAGUCCCAGGAUCCUGGGCCAGAGGAGACCCUCCCCGCAGCAAGUGCAGUUCCUGAACUCAGGUGGGGGUCUGCAGCUCAGGCCAGGACAGCCGUCCCAGAAGCAGCUCAACCUUCUUCAUCAUCCUUGACCUCCCUCUGGGGCCCUGUCCUCAUUCUCACAGCUCAGGCAGAAGGUGGUCCUCUGAGGCCACCACACAGAUGGGGUCGGGGCUCAGCAGCGUGAUGAGGAUAGCGUGACUGGGACCCUGGAGGCCUGCUGCCUCUCCCACCCCGCCUCCACCUUCCCUCAUGGACCUUAUGGGUGGAGGAAUUUUCCCUCUGAGAGUGGAGGAGGUACUGAGAGCUGAGUCAAGGGAGUAUGUAGACAGCCCCCAAAGGCCGGCUCCUGCCUGUGGCCCACCACUCCGGCCCCUCUGCCUGUAGCCCGGGGCUCUCCACCCCGCUAAGCCUCUUCCUCAGGCAGACCCUGCUCUGCCAGCUCCAGCCUCUGCUGGAUCAUAGCCCUGAGCUGCCCCGAGCCCCCACUGGUGAGGCCUGGCUUACCUGUGAGGUGCGCUCUGGGGCGUGCCUGCCUGCCCAGGGGUCCAACCAUCCGCGGGGCCCCACGCCAGCAGGGCCUGCUGCAUGGCGCCCGGCGGCGCUAAGGCGGCCGGCAUGAAACCAAGCUGAGAAGACAUCAAUCAUUCAUGGGGCUGCUCGCCGGGAAACCCUAACCCCGGCCUAGCAGGGCCAAGUGACCAGCCAGGUCACCCCAUCCCUGAUAGAGCCAGAGGGCUAAAACCUCCUCACCUUGCCUCCGAGGCAGCUCCUUGGCUGCCUCCGAGCAGGCUCUGGGUCCCCCCCGCCUCUAGGGUCCACCUCUUCUGACAUCCCCUCCAUGUCCCUCACUCUGGCAUUCAAGGCCUCUGUGAUUGGGCCUCCCCUCUGCCAUUUCACACACCCUCCGCUCUGGCCACAGUGUCCCGCCGUCAGGGGGCUGCGGUGGGCGACUCCUCCUAGUCUCUCCCUUCUCCCAGCUUUUGCCCACACUCUGCUUCCUGACGUGACUUCCCUUGUCCUCUCUUAGCUAAGUCCUACCCAUGUCACACCACUGGAUUUGGGGACUGGAGUCAAGGACAGAGAGUCCCUGCCUCUUCAGCGAUAUGCCCCCCACCCCCGCUCCCGUUUCAUAGACAAGGCGACCCAGAGGUGAACUUGCUGGGCCUCCCAGCUCGUGGAGGACGGAGCAAGAGUCCUAAGCGCCUUGUAGCCUUGUGUCCUGGCACCCCUGUGGCUGGGGACAGUUCUCUUCACCCAUGUGGCUCUCCCCCCAGGCAGAGGGUCCGGAUUAGGGCCUGCGCUGCCUGCCUCACUUACCCUAAUCCCCUUCAAGUCUCCAUCCCCGCCUGCCAUCGCCAUUGGUUCUCAUGGUAGGGGUGCAUAAGCAGCUUUAUGGUUCCUGAGAACCAGGGGUGCUCCCUGGUCUUGCGUCUCUGAGCCCGUCGUCCCUCCCCACAUGGCCGCAGAGCAGGCGAGGGGGCUGCAUGGCCCAGACCCGGCCCCCAGCCCACAGAAGCCUCCUGCGGGGGUCGUGGCUUCCAGGAGUAGUGCUGAGGGCCUCCCCUUGACCAGGAAGAGGAGCAAGAAGGAGAGGGGGCUCCGAGGGUCCCAGAAGGGUGCUGGCAGCUCUCAGGAGCACACCCCUCUCCUGGGUCCCAAGUCCCCAGGGAGCAGCAGGAACCCCUCUGGGACUGGAGGACAGGAGGGGACGGGUCCUGCAACCCCAGGGCCAGCCUCCCGUCGCCAGUCCCACCGACAUCGCUCUGGCCCCCAGCACGAUGCUGCUCAGAAGACAUACGGACCCUUGCUCAACCGCAUCUUCGGGAAGGUCAGGUGGGGCGUGGGCUGGGGGUGGGGUUGGGGGUGGGGCAGGGAUCUCACUUGUGCCCUUGGACUUGGCCUGCCCUGCUCCUGGUACUCAGGCCUCCAGCCACCUCUGCUCCAGACCCAGGAUUCUGUGAGAGCUCUGGGCCCCAGGAGCAGGAAGAGGGGUGGUCAUGUCUUCUCCAGGGGCCCAUGGGAGUCAGAUGCCUUCUCCUGCCCUUGUGGGACUGGCCCUGCUCAGGCCAUCAUGGCCCAGGGCUGGAGGAGGAAGGAUGGGCCCCAGGGACAUGGCGGACGGACUAUGCUUCUGCAGGACCGCGAGCUGGGCCCCGAGGAGCUGGAUGAGCUGCAGGCCGCCUUUGAGGAGUUUGACACUGACCAUGAUGGCUACAUCGGCUACCGGGAGCUGGGUGACUGCAUGAGGACACUGGGCUACAUGCCCACUGAGAUGGAGCUCAUCGAGGUCUCCCAGCACGUCAAGAUGAGGAUGGGUGGCCGCGUGGACUUCGAGGAGUUUGUGGAAUUGAUGAGCCCAAAGCUGAGGGAGGAGACGGCGCACAUGCUGGGGGUGCGGGAGCUGCGCAUCGCCUUCCGAGAGUUUGACAGGGACAGAGAUGGACGGAUCACCGUGGCAGAGCUGCGACAGGCAGCACCAGCUUUGCUGGGGGAGCCGCUGGUGGGUCCUGAGCUGGAUGAGAUGCUCCGAGAUGUGGACCUCAACGGGGAUGGUACCGUAGACUUUGACGAGUUUGUGAUGAUGCUUCUCACCCACUGAGGCUCCAGCAGGGAGAACGUGUUGCCCCUCUGACCCCAGGCCAGCAGGGUUCACGCUAUACACCCUCCCCACGAGGCCCCAGAAUGGAAGAGACCCAGCGGCUCCCAGGCUGCUUCGGAACCUUGACAACAUCUGGCUGGUGCUUGUGCGGUCACCCACCCACCCGCAUCCUCACCUGCCUCCCCGCCAAGCUACCGGGAGGAAACCUGCCCCCAGCUGCCUCUCAUUCUCCAGUAUGAGCAAGAUUUUGGAUCUCUCCAGAACUUGGGAGGUCACAAGCUCCUGGGCACUGCAGCGUUCAAAGACAGGGGGACAGCGUUGGCAGGAUUCUGGUAGCGUGGGGAAUUGGGAGGGUGACAGCUGUGCCUCCCACUAUUGUGUAAAAAUAUAUAAAAAAAAAAGCUUAACUUGAAAGAAAGCCAGGGGUGACCCCAGGUACUAAAGACAAGGCAAGAACUCAAAGCUGGGUGGUGGGAGAGUGGGGACACCAUGGGGGCCUCAGCACAGAGAGAAGCUCCGGGGCCCCGGCUCUGACACUUAUGAGUGACAGAAGAUCUGUAAGAGAGACCAAGGAACAGAACGUGAGCCCGACUACCUUUCAGGGUCGCAAAGAGCUACCCUGUUCUUGAAGAGAGGAUCAAAUAUAUUUCCACCUACCGGCCUGAGGAAGUGGCAAGGGUACAGAUGUCCAGGGCCUCGAGGGGAAAAAGCUACUCUAAGGAACCUGAAACUCAGGCUUGCACAUUAGGCAGGAGAGCUGAACAGAUAGGGAGAAGCUACUGGAAGGGCACGCUUCAACCCAGGACACGAUGGGCUUAACAACUCUGUCACAAAAGGAAAACCCUAUGAACAACUCGUCUUGAGACAAAAGUCCGAUGGCUCACCGAGGAAGAGCUAUUCGGCUCUGCAAAGACUUUUCGUUGCCUGCGGUAAAUGCCAGAAGACAAUGAGAUUAGCUGGUCAUCAGGCCUAGAAGAAAUGAUUGCCGGCCAAGAAGCCUAUCCCUCACUGAAUCGUUAUUCAAGAAGGAAGGUGAAACAUCAACUUUUUUCAGGAAAUAAACGUUGGGAAGAGUUUCCCAGCCACGUGCUCUUAUGGAAGGGAUGGCUUCAGUAAGAAGGAAAUUCAGACCUGAACAAAAGCAGAGUAUGUACUAAAUCAUGGUCAGGAAAGCGAUCAGUAAACACAUUGGUGGAUUCAAAGAAGCAUUAACUGUAAAAAAAAAAAAAAGUUAAUUUGGGGGAUUUUGAAAAUAAGGGGGGACUAAAAUAAUAGACAAAAUAAAGUGGAAGAUGAGGGGGGAUACUUUAAACAUGCUGAUAUCUUUUUUCUCAUCUUUCCUAGAGGAGUAUUCACUGAUCAGUUUAGAAUUUGUUAACCAUUAAAAGGGAAUCAUUAAUGUAUAGAAAUAGAGAUAG